CCUCCCACCUCGAGUGCCGUAAACCCUCCUAUAUAUAAACCCCCUCACACUGCCUCCAUGUGAUGGGCAUCAUCUUAGGCAUCUAAAUUACACUAGCUUAGCUCCAACCAGAGAAAGACAUCAUCUUCGUGCACCCGAUUCGAACAAACUAAAGCAGAGUCGACGAUGGAUCGCGUGAUGGUGGUGGUGGCGCUGAUGGCCGUGGCGGCGGUGUGCCUCCGGCUGCCGGCGGUGGCCCGCGGGCAGCUGCAGGUGGGGUUCUACAACACGAGCUGUCCCAACGCGGAGUCUCUGGUCCGGCAGGCCGUGGCCAACGCCUUCGCCAAUGACUCCGGCAUCGCCGCCGGCCUCAUUCGCCUCCAUUUCCAUGACUGCUUUGUCAAGGGUUGUGACGCUUCGGUGUUGCUGGUGUCCGCGAACGGCACGGCCGAGCGUGACGCGGCGCCAAACAAGCCAAGCCUUCGUGGUUUCGAGGUGAUCGAUGCCGCCAAGGCCGCUGUGGAGAGCAGCUGUGCACGCACGGUCUCCUGCGCUGACAUCGUAGCCUUCGCGGCCCGCGACAGCAUCAACCUCACGGGCCAGGCCGCGUACCAGGUCCCCUCUGGUCGCCGGGACGGCAACAUCUCCGUCGAUCAGGAUGCCAUCAACAACCUCCCCCCGCCCACCUUCACCGCGCAGCAGCUCGUUGACCGCUUCGCCAACAAGACCCUCACCGCCGAGGAGAUGGUCAUCCUCUCCGGCGCCCACUCCGUCGGCCGUUCCUUCUGCUCCUCCUUCCUCCCCCGCAUCUGGAACAACACAACCCCAAUCGUGGACGCCGGGCUGAGCUCGGGGUAUGCAACGCUGCUGCGGUCGCUGUGCCCUUCGACCCCGAACAACUCGACCACGACGAUGAUUGACCCGACCACGCCGGCGGUGCUGGACAACAACUACUACAAGCUGCUGCCGCUCAACCUAGGCUUGUUCUUCUCCGAUAACCAGCUGCGGACCAAUGCCACGCUCAAUACCUCCGUAAACAGCUUCGCAGCCAACGAGACGCUCUGGAAGGAGAAGUUCGUGGCGGCCAUGAUCAAGAUGGGGAACAUCGAGGUGCUCACGGGGACUCAGGGGGAGAUCCGCCUCAACUGCAGUAUUGUCAAUAACCGCUCGUCUGUUGGGAUAGAGAUGGCGCACUACAACCCCGGAUCCACCGCCUUCAUUAACGAGGUCGCGACGAACUAAUGAAAUAUAUGUGUAUUAUGUAGGUUAAGAUCAGUGUUUUUGUGUGCGUGUUUUUUAGUAUUUCCCAUGCCGUGCGUGCAGGACUGUACUAUUGUGUUUGAAUUUUGAUGGUCACUGUGUGCCUCUGUGGUUCCUUCACGUGAAUAAAUUAAGGUUGUUUGUUGAUGGCU